AUGAACGCGAAGGAGAACCGGCAAGACGACGCUGGAAGGGACGGCGAGGGCGGGUCACGCACGCAGGGCCCGCUGUCGCGCCCCGGGGGCGGACGAUGGGACCCCAUGCAGUACCUCCUCCACGGCCUCGCGCUUUAUUUCUUCUGCCGGCUCGCCGGCGUGCCCAUGGGCACCCCACAGGCCAAGGAGACGCCCACCGUGACGUACAAGGUACCCUACUCGCAGUUCCUGAAGGAGGUGAAGUCGAACCAGGUGGCGGACGUCCUCCUCGACGGGCAGUACAACAUCGACUUCACGCCGCGCGCGAGCUCCCCGACCGCGCUCGAGGUCCGGCAGCGCUACGCGGAGCAGCACUCGGGCGGCGCCAAUAUCGUGUUCUCGACGGUCCGCCCGGACACGUGCGCGGUGCCGUACGACGCAAUGACGCGCAACGGCGUCACAUUUGGCGCCUCGGAGCGCCGCUCGAACCGCCUCGGCGGCACGCUCUCCUGGGUCAUGUGCCUGGUGAUCGUCGCCCUGGCGCUGCGCGCAGUGAUCCCGUCGGGCGCGAUCUCCGGCAAGAUCGGCGCGCGCACCAAGCACAAGUCUGCCGCGCCGCAGCAGUCGGUGCGCUUCGCGGACGUCGCGGGCAUCGACGAGGCCAAGGAGGAGCUGCAGGAGGUCGUGCACUUCCUGCGCGAGCCCGAGACCUUCACGCGGCUCGGGGCGCGCCCGCCCAAGGGCGUGCUGCUCGUGGGGUCCCCCGGCACGGGCAAGACGCUCCUGGCGCGCGCCGUCGCGGGGGAGGCCGGCGUGCCGUUCUUCUCGAUGUCGGCGUCGGAGUUCGUGGAGCUCUACGUGGGCAUGGGCGCGAUGCGCGUGCGGGAGCUGUUCGCGGCGGCGCGCGCCGCGGCACCUUGCAUCGUGUUCAUCGACGAGAUCGACGCGGUCGCGAAGGGCCGCGACUCGCGCCUGCGGUCGGUGGGCAACGACGAGCGCGAGCAGACGCUCAACCAGCUGCUGACGGAGAUGGACGGGUUCGACUCGUCGAACGCGCUGGACAAGCCCGUGAUCUGCAUCGCGGCGACGAACCGGCCGGACGUGCUCGACUCGGCGCUGAUGCGGCCCGGGCGGUUCGACCGCAAGGUGUCGGUCGGGCACCCGGACCGGCAGGGGCGCGCGGAGAUCCUGCGCGUGCACAUCGGGCAGCGUAAGUUGCCGCUGCACGCGGACGUCGACGUGGACCGGCUGGCGGCGUCGACAACGGGGUUCACGGGCGCGGAUCUGGCGAACGUGGUGAACGAGGCGGCCAUCAUGGCGGGGCGCGGCGGCGGCGACAUAGUGACGGCCGCGGACUUCGACGCGGCGAUCAUGCGGUCCGUGGCCGGCGUGGAGAAGAAGCGCAGCAUCCUGCGCGGCCUCGAGAAGUCGGUCGUGGCGCGGCACGAGGUCGGGCACGCGCUGGUGGGCGCCGCGGUGGCCAUGCUUCUGCCGCAGAUGCCGCGGGUGGAGCGGCUGUCGAUCGUGCCGCGGAGCUCCGGCGCGCUGGGGUUCACGUACAUGCCGCCCGCGGCCGAGGACCGCGCCCUCUCGUUCGACAACGAGAUCCGCGGCCAGCUGGCGACGCUGCUGGCGGGGCGCGCGGCUGAGGCCGUGACCUGCCCGGGGCUCUCUACGGGCGCCGGGGACGACAUCCAGCGCGCGACGGGGCUCGCGUACCGCGCGGUCGCCGAGGCUGGGCUCUCCACGCGCAUCGGCCCGCUCAACGUCGGCGUGCUGUCGUCGGGCCUCGACGGCGAGGCUGCGGCCCUGCUCGGCGGCGGCGGCGGCGCGGCGCGCAUGGCCGCGCUCGUGGAGGAGGAGGUCAAGCUGCUGAUCGACACGGCGCUGCGGGUUGCGCAGGACGUGGUGGAGUUCAACCGCGACCUGCACGCGGAGAUCUCGGACAAGCUGCAAGCCUCGGAGCGGCUGGAGGGCGCCGACCUGGAGGCGAUGCUGGCGCGCGUGAUGCUUCCGCAGUCGCUCAAGGACUUCGUCGUGCGCGGGGAGACUGCCGCGCUGCCGGCCGCGGCGCGCGCCCGCGCCUCGUGA